GGUAGCUUUGAAGGGCGGGCUGGGCCCUUCUGCCUGUCCCGCGGCAGGCGGGGUGCGGCCCCGUGAGGGGAGCGCAGCGGCUGGAGCCCGGCUUUUCCCUACGUUCUUUUUCUGCAGCCCAUGUUUCUCCCGGAGCAACCGGGGCAGGGAGCGGCCGCGGCAGCUCCGUCCCUCAGCGGGAGCUCGCCGGGCUGAGGGCGGCGGUGCCGCUGGGCAGCGCCAGCCGGGUCCGGCCCGUGCCGGGUGUUGCCGCUCCCGAGCGGGAUAAAACCGCUCCCGAGCGGGAUAAAACCUGUCCUGCUGUUUCCUCGUCCCUUCAGCACCCUCCCUGCCCCGUACGCAGUGCCUGGGAGCCGCUGGAGGUGUUGACCAUGAAGCCAUCAGUACCAGCUGUGGCCGUGUGGGGGAGAACAGCUCCCUCUCACAGCAUCACUGCUGUGAUGAUCACAGAUGACCAGCAGACCAUAGUUACAGGGAGCCAAGAAGGACAAAUAUGUCUCUGGGAUCUUUCAUCAGACUUACAGAUUUCAUCUAAAGAAAUUCUGUUUGGCCAUACUGCUUCUGUAACUUGUUUGGCAAAAGCAAGAGAGUUUGAGAAACAGCCAUACGUAGUAAGUGCUACUGAAAAUGGGGAGAUGUGUGUUUGGAAUGUCACUAGUGGACAGUGCAUUGAGAACGCAAAGCUUCCUUAUAGGCAUACAGCAAUCCAUUAUUACCAUUGCUCAUUCCGAAUGACAGGUGAAGGCUGGCUUCUUUGUUGUGGAGAAUAUCAAGAUGUUCUUAUUAUUGAUGCUAAAACUUUGGAUGUUCUUCACACUUUAUCAUCAUCUCAGUCUUCUGAUUGGAUAAAUUGUAUGUGUAUUGUACACUCUGCAAGAAUUCAAGAAGACUCUUUAGUUGCAGUGUCUGUAGCUGGAGUUCUCAAAGUAUGGGACCUGUCCUCAUCUCUGAAUAGCAUUCAGGAGAAACAAAGUGUGUGCGAGAAGGAAUCAAAAUCUCUGGACUGUGUAAACUGUCAAGCAGUAAGAUUUUGUACUUACACGGAAAGGCUCCUUCUUGUUGUGUCCUCCAUGUGCUGGCAGGUCUAUGAUUAUUGUGAUUUCUCCUUGCUUUGUACUGAGUUCUGUAAGAGUGGUCAGUGCUUUGCUGGUGGGGAAGUGCUGGCAGCUUACAGACUUAUCAUCUGGACAGAAGAUGGCCACAGUUACAUCUACCAGCUGCUAAACAGUGGCCUUUCUAAAAGCAUGUACCCUGCUGAUGGGAAGGUGCUGAAGGAAACAGUUUAUCCUCAUUUACUCAGCUUUACUGGCAUGAAGGAAAAUAAGAGUCUUCCUUUUGUCAUGGGCUUCAUGAAUGAAAGAAAGGAGCCUUUCUACAAGGUUCUUUUUUCUGGUGAAGCUUCAGGACGGAUCACUUUGUGGCAUGUUCCUGAUGUUCCUGUGUCAACGUUUGAUGGUUCUCCAAAAGAGAUCCCAAUUACAACCAUGUGGACUCUUCAGGAUAAUUUUGAUAAACAUCAUUCCAUGUCAGAGGGCAUUAUUGAUCAACUUUGUGGAUCUGAAGAUGGAUUUGGAAGCACAGUUGUCAGUUCCUCUGUGUACAUACCUGGUCUUGAUAAGCUUGUAUGUGGAUGUGAAAAUGGGAAAAUUUUUGUGACAUUAGGUUUAGAAACUGCAAGAGCAAGACUUUUAGAAAACAUAUCUUUUCUUGAAGAUAAUCUACCUUAUAAGGUUCUGAAUGGUCACAGUAGCAGAGUCACUUGCUUACUUUAUCCACAUGACAAAUCAGUAAGAUUUGAUCCCAGCUGGCUGUUAUCAGGGGGCCAGGAUUCUGUUGUGAUCUGCUGGGAUUUAUUUACUGGAGGCAUCCUACAGCAGUUUAAUCUGCAGUCUGGUGCAGUGACAGAGCUCUUGCGAUCCCCAGAACACUACAGAUUAAGAGACCAGAGUAUAGUGUGCUGUGUGUGCAGCGACCACUCAGUAGCAAUUCUACACCUCCAGAAGAGAGAAUGUCUCUUACAUGCUAGAAAGCAUCUGUUUCCUGUGAAGAAGAUAAAAUUUGACCCUCUUGAGAAUGUGCUGAUUGUUGGAUGUGAAGACAAUUCAGUUUACAUUUGGGAAAUUGAAACAGGCACAUUGGAACGGCAUGAAACUGGUGACACAGCAAGAGCAAUUCUUACUGCUAUUGAAGAUUCAGAAUACUUAGUGGCAGGUGCUCUACUUCCCGUGUCUCAGGAGUCAAAACGAAACAAGAAUUCUGGGUACAAACACUGCAGCUCAUACAAGCAUGGCAUAGGCCCUUAUCCUGCUCAUACAGAGAAGUCUUCAGAUAAGUUGACUGAUACCAGCUGCAUCCAACAGCCCUUUACUAUUUUACCAGCUAAGACAAAAUGGAACAAUGCAAACUUUCAUAUUCUCUUAUUUGACCUGGAAAAACUUGAGGAACUUCUCUCAUCUCAACUCAAUGGAUUAAAGUCAUCAAAAUCAUUCCACAACCAAUACACUCUAGACAGAGCUAAAAGUACUACUGAGAAAAGGGCACUGACAUUAAAAAGAAAUAAAACUGCUGCCUUUGUACCUCAAGUAGAUGGGCAGGAAGAGACUGUUUGUUCAGACCAAGUUCACAAAGAUAAUAAUCCAGCUAGGCCUAUGGAAGAAGGUGGUGGCAUAAAAAGAUGGAAAAAAAUGAAGAGUUCAAGAAAGAUCAGAAUGCAGCCAUCAGGAAACAUCGAUAUGAACACUGCAACCGAUACAGCUAAACUGCUUUUAUCAUGUCUCCUACCAUGGGGUGUAGAUAAAGAAAUAGACAAUCUCUGUGCAAGUUACCUGAACAUCUUGAGGCUUCAGUGUCCUGUUUCUUUUGGACUUGUGUCAGAUGAAAGCCACCUCUCACUGAUGUUGCCAGGAUGGAAAUGCACUGAUUGUGAUGGGUUAGGAGAACAUGGAGUUUUCAAUUUGUUUUCAAAAAGAGUCCUUGAUUUAUCAAGCAAAUACCUUGCUGCUACUGAAGGACAAUUUGGAAAGAAAGAUGGACCUGAGAAUAAUGAUUAUGCAACAAGGGACUUGGAAACAGUAUUUUUCUUAUUUAGCAGAAUAGCAUUAAUCAACAGGAUAAUUAACACACCUUCAUCAGUUACAGAUGAAAUUGAAAGUCCACAGAAACCAGAAUCUGUACAUGACAAAUGGCGAAAUGUGGAAGACAUAACACUUUCAUGCCCCAAUUUUUAUGCAGAAUUACCAAGCAUUUAUAAACUGUGUUUUUCAGAUAAGAGUAGAUAUCAUUCCCCAGACUUUGGGAGCAUUUCAUUGCUGAAACUCAUUUGUUGUUGGAAUGACCAAUCUGUAAAGAUUGUUGAGGCAAUGCAAGCAGUGCUGCUGGCAGAAGUUCAAAGGACUAUUAAUCCCUUGAGAAAGACAGCAAUUUGCAGAGAGCCAUUGGCCAGAAUAGAGAAUGGAAAUGUCAGUGUGCUGAAGCAUGACAAGAGCUCCAAGUCGGCAAACUUCCAAGAUGUGGAGGAUACGUCUGACAGAUGUGUCUUGGAAGAGUCUGAGAGUCCAGAUGACAUGAAGCAACAUCCCUGGAUAUCUAAGGUGUGCUCCUGUAAGGUGUGCUAGAAGAAAAACACUGAGAUGAAAGAAUUGGAAGAUGUAGAAGGACAACCAAGAAAUAGGACAUAUAUGGUGUGGUGGACAUGAAAUGGCUUUUUGUAUUUAUUAUGGUAUCUUUAACAAUCAAUUUUCAGAAAAAAUACCUUCCAUAAGAUCAGCUUCUUUUGGCUGAUUUAUUGGCUUCAAUUUACGCUCCUGUCGCUAAUAGAUUUACAUACAUAUUUACAUAAAUUUGAGUAGUUUUAAUAUAGAAAAUAUCAACUCUUCAUUUUUGGAUAUCAUUCAUUUGUUUAUGUAGUGAUCUUUAGAACUUUGAUUGCCAUUAAACAAUUAUAUCAAUUUUAGUAUUGUUUUACAUACAUAAAAUUUAAAUUUUUCUCCCUCUUUCCUUAUGACUUUUCUUAUCAAUAGCAUUUUAACACUGAGUGAAACCAAAUGCCUUUCAAAUAAUCAGAAAAUUUAUUUUUACUGAAAAUAGAAAUUCACAGUUUGAAUUAAACAUGGAAUGUUUAGAACUAAAAAACAAAGAGUAUUCUGUGCACUUGUUAUCAAUUUCAAUUGAUAUUAUUCUGUGCAUUUGUUAUCAAUUUCCCAUUCUGAGACAAUGGGAAAUUGAUAACAAAUCUGGCCAUGUCUAGGAUGUAAAUUUUCCUUUUCUCUAAAAACUGCCAUUGCCAUCAUCUGUAGAAAGGUAGUACCAGUAUGGAACUGGAGAAGCCCAUUGGGGUCCUCUUCUGAAAUUAUAUACUUCACUUAAUAUCAAUUUGUGCUCAUUGGGAAAAGCAGCUAUACCUUUUUUACUUGUGUGCUGUGGCUUCAUUCUUGCAUUUCUUGUGCUAGAUGUGUGGAAUAAUAUCAUUGAUGCAUUUAUACUUGCACAACACAACUGAGAGCAGAACAUGUCUUUAGCUAACAUAUAUCCUCCUCUUAACUUUUGUGGCUGAAUGAGAGUUGUAAACAUCAAGGAGGUAAAAAAAAAAUUGUAAAUAUACCUACAGAACUUAGUAGCCCUACAGGAACCUUGCAGACAGUAGAACAAAUUGCAAACAAAGGAUGGACCCAUCUCCCUCCUUUGCUCCUCUUCCAUAUGAACAAUGACAUCCAGUUGUUGCAGCAGUUUCUUCCAUGGACAUUAAAAAGUCUGUUCACAACAAGCAUCACUGCUUUGCAUCAGCAUCUGCUCACUUGGGCCAGGAUUACAACUCUUUUGAAAACUCUUUCAUCUAGAUAUUUCAAAAAUGCAUGUGUUCAAGGAGGUCUCAUAACUCAAGGAAUUGGCAAUGGCCAUAACACCCACAACUGCUGUAGUAGCAAUUACAUUUGUGCAACAUGAUAUUUGAUUGCUUGUCUUUAAUUCUGCAAAGCAGUGCACAUCAGCAGCCUGCCGAUAGAGCCAGCCCUCUGGAAUGGUUUGUGCAGUGAUGAUCGGUGUUUGGCACAUGCUUGUGCGUGCUUUCUGCUAAUUAUCAUUACAGGAUCAGUAAGGUAAGGCAGGAACUUUUUUAUUAGGUACAUUUAUUUCCCAGUAAAGCAAAUAUAUUCCCCUUGUCUUCUGGAUGUCUUUCAAACAACCAACUUUAUAAUAUGUGCUCACAGUGAACUCACUCGGAAAAAUCUUUUUGCAACAAAGUGGCAAUUUCAGAGCUGAAUACACAAACACAGAUGAACUUCCUGCAAUAGUUUCUUGAAAAUCAAACUAAAGAAGCAUUUUCUAUGAGUGUGGUCUGAUGUAUGACUGCAUUCAUGCUUAUGGAGAUGGAGUUUACAACAAAGUCCCAAGGCAAUUUUCUAUUGUGUUACUCUGAAGGACACCUGUCAAAAGGAAUGGUAUGCUAAUACUUUUGAAUAGUUGUUUAAAUUUUAUAUAUAGGGUGGAAAAUUCAUGGAUACUUAAACUCCUUGAGGAAUUUGGUGUUUUGGUUUGUUUGGAUUAUUUUUUAUACAGCAUUCACAGGGUCCAGUGACCUGUACAGCUCAAGGUGUGGUUUCACAGUCAGACCCACUCCAGCCUCAGGCUUCUGUGUCUCCUCACUUAUGUUUGCACUACUGCUUGUGUGCCCAGGCUGUGCCAAGGCAAGAACUGGCCUCAGUGCAAAGACCAGAGGACCAAGCAAUCCAGAGUGGAAGUGUGGGACAGUUCACACAGAAAUGAGCAUGAAAUUGAAGUUUAGAGUGCUAUGUGCGAGGUCUUACUUAAACAUAGCCUUUUGGCUUUCAAAUCCUAUAAGCAUUUUUUUACAUUACACAUAUAAUUCAUUAUAUUAUUUAAAAAAAAAAAAGACACUUAUUGCUUUUAGUAUAAGACAAAAUCAAAACUUUUCAGCAUCUCUUUUAUUUGAGGAAUUUUGAGUAUUCCGAAUGAUUCAUACUUGGUCUGACUGAUCAUACUGAAUGGUCACUGAUUUAGAUUCCUGUAUGGAAACCUCUCUAAAGUUUGAGCUGUUCAUUUAUGUCUCCAAAUCCAAACAUUAUAUUUUGAAAUCUCUUGUGCCAUUUACAUGCUUUGAAUUUAAUAAUUGUAAUAAACUGCUUCCAUUUUGGGGUUGUAUUUUGUGGAGAAAUGCCCUUCCCUAAUCCAAUGAAA